AAUUUCAAUCUCUCUGCCCCAGCCAGAUUUCUUCAAGAUGGGUUCCAUUCAAGAGAAGGAGAUAGCCACGCUCAACAGCCUAGCGGCUCAAAUCAGCGAACUCGCUGCAAAGAUGACGAAACAGCUCGAAACAGAAAAGGUACCACCCGUCACUCUCGAGGCGGACAGCCCUGUCAAAUACAAGAACGUCUCUGGGGAGGUCUUCAUGUUAAGACAGAGUCUGGAAGAUGCGUUGAAGGACAUGUGGAUAUUGAGUCAGGGGCCGAGUGAUAGCGUAUUCAACUACGUACACAUGGCCAUUCCAGAUGCGGCUUGCCUGAACAUCCUGAACAGGUUCAACUUCUGGAACACAGUUCCUAUAUACGGCGAGGCGACGUUCGAAAAUGUAGCGAAGCAAACUAAGCUUCCGUUGGAGGUGGUCAGUCGUGUUCUCGAACACGCUGUCACCAUGCGCUUCUUCGUCAAGCCAUCGCCUACAGCAACUUCAGUCAGGCAUACCUCCCGAUCUGCUGCCCUUGCAAAAGAUGCCGGGUUGUCUGCUCUUGUGCAUAUGGUGUUGGAUGAGGCUGGCCCACCCAUGUUCAUGCUUCCGGAAGCUCUACGUCGCUUCUCACAAGGGAAACCGGACAUCUCCAAGGACGUAAAAGAGACCGCAUUCAAGCUCUGUCGCUCCGGUGGUGCAUGGGGCGAUUAUGAAAAUAGCUGGGACUUUAUCGAGAAUGAUGGCGAAGGCGAAGAGAAGGGAUGGCGGCAAAGAAAUUUCAUCAAGUUCAUGGCCUACAUCAAGGACUUGUUCCAAACAGAAAGCCACGUACUCAGUGCAAUCGACUGGAAGGCCGCUGGUAAUGCCACCGUCGUCGACAUCGCAGGCUCAGCCGGCCACGACGACGCCGUCCUCGCAAAAGCCUUCCCCAACCUCAAAAUCGUCGUCGAAGACCUCGCAGAAGUCGCCGCCGUCUUUGAAAAGGAAUUCCCCACCGACCUCAAAUCCCGCGUCUCCUUCCGCACACAUAACAUGUUCGACCCGCAGCCCGUCCAAGCAGACAUCUACAUGCUCAAGUGGGUACUGCACGAUUGGCCAGACGCCGAAUCCAUCAAGGUCUUGCAAGCUCUUCGUCCUGCGCUUAGACCCGGUGCGCGCGUUGUCUUUGUCGAUUAUGUUGGUAAGCAAGAGCCGAGCGAGGAAGACUUGCCGAGGAGUAUCCAUGGCUUUGGCACGGCAAUGGAUUUACGUAUGAUGGCGCUGUUCAAUGCAAAGGAGAGGCCGGUGGAGGCUUGGAGGGAGAUUUUUAGACAGGCGGAUGAGAGGUUCGAUAUUGUGAAGGUUGAGGCUGAUCCGUUGACUUUUAUGUGUGUGUUGGAAGCUGUUUGGAGGGGAUAG